AUGCUGAACUCCGCAAGUGACCUGGAGUUUGCGACCGAAGAAGACACCGAGGAGGUCUCCCAGCUCGCUUCCCUGGCACUGUCGGAUGACGAGGCAGCAUCCCGCGGAAAGAGCUCCGCUGCCGGACCCGAAAAAACUGGCUAUCCGGACUCCGUUUACGUUAGGGCAGCGAACGUUUUUCAGGGCAUACGAAUCGAAAAGUCGCCAGAGAAAGUGUUAAUAAAGUAUGGGAAUGAACCCCUGCCGUCCUGGUCCGAGUCCGAGGAUGAAUCCUUUCAGCGUUUGUCCUAUGAGCUGGCUUUCAGUGCCCUGAAAUAUCAAGAUAUUUUGGAAACUAUAUUAAUAGACAGCUAUAUCUUCCCAAGUACCACAAUACCAGAUCAUUUGAGCAGUCUUAUUAUUGUGAUGCUGUAUGAUUUCCAAGACAGAAAAUUUCAAACACGUGUCCUUUCUGAUAACGAAGAGUCCAUAUCGGAAGUUCAAGAAGUAGAGAAGCUUCUUAACAGUUUUAAGACAAAAUUGGCUGCGUCAUUGGCAAGAUGUCGAAUCAAACACGAUGCCCUUUCAAUUUACCACAUUUUGCCAGAAACGGUUAGGAAACAGGAACUAAGGGCCUCCACUUUGCCACUUUAUGCUUGGAUAAAUACUUGUAAAAUCAGCCCUGAAGAAAUUUAUAAUAAUUUGAAGAAAAAAGGCUAUAGUAAAGUCAAGUCUGUAUUGCAUAUCGGUGAUAAAGUCUUUGCAGUGGACCAACAUUGCUAUGAUGUCUUAAUUUUUCCAUCUCAUCUUAAAAAUGAUCUUAUAAAUACAGAUCUUUUCAAAGAUUAUAAGCUUAUUUUUCAGGACAAAUCUCGAAGUCUUGCUGUCCAUUCUGUAAAGUACUUAUUAAAUAUGGAUGAUGAUAUCUUAAUGGUCAAUACAGGUUCGUGGUACACAGUUGCCCAUAUGUCAAUUUUAACAAAUAAUAAUACCUCAAAAGUAUUUGUAUGUGGAGUACAAUCACAAGCUAAAGAUCCUGACUUGAAGAACCUUUUCACAAAAAUGGGAUGUAAAAAUAUUGAAAUACUUCAUGAGACAUUUAUUAACAUUGAGUCAAAGGAUCACAGGUUACAGAAAGUUAAAGUGAUUCUGCUGCUACCUCGUUGUUCAGGACUGGGUGUUAGCAAUCCAGUAGAAUUUAUUUUAAAUGAACAUGAAGGUACAGACUUACUCAAAGAUCUCUCUCAAGGAGGCACAUCAGAAGAUAAACUUCAUGUUCUUGCUCAACAGCAAUGCGAACAGCUAACACAUGCAAUGAAAUUUCCUAAAGCUCAAGCAAUUGUUUACUGCACAUGUUCAGUUUAUCCAGAAGAAAAUGAAGCUGUUGUUAAGAAAGCACUGGAAUUUCAAAACCAUGGGAUUAAAGUACAACCCUAUAGGCUUAGUCCUCCUGUUCUUCCACUGUGCUCUUUGAAGGAAGUACAUCUGUCUACUGAUAAAUUUUUCAGAAUGGAACCAUCUGAAACUACCAAUGGUUGUUUUCUUUCUAUUUUAACAAGGGAGCGGGACCCAUCUGAGACAGUGUCUGUGAAAGAUGUUUUGGCCCGAGCUGCAGCAAAGGGUCUACUGGAUGGGAUUGAAUUGGGUAAAUCAUCAAAACGUGAGAAGAAGAAGAAAAAAUUAAAAACAUCAUGGCCAAAAGCUCCCACUACUGACAAUGACAUCCAAAUGAAAAUUGCUGAGUUCCUGAAUCGAGAAGCUAAAGUUAAUGCUAAUCAAUCAGAGACAUUAAUAACAAAAACUCCUCUUCCACAGAAAAGUACAAGUCAAGUGUGUGCUUCCUCACAGAUUAGAAAACCCAACAAGCCCAACAUCAAUCCUUUAGUGCCCACGUUCAUGAAGAACGCCUGUCCCUCUAGGCCAUAUGAACGGCAGACAAACUUUGUAAGACCUAGACCGGAAGACAGACUGAUUGCUCUGAAGCCCGUCGAGAUUGUUUUGCCUCCAGUAAUCCUGCCAUUUUCAAGUCCCCAAGGGAUCAGAUCUCAGCUACCGACUCAGCAUUUUUACUGUCGUUGGGUUGGACCCAAGACUGUUGGGUCCAGCAGCCUUCCCACACCAUCAAUAUCCAGAAGAGGGGAGAAGCCUAAAGAAAAGUUACCUUCCUCCCUACUCAGGCGUCCUCGACCGUGGCUUUGA